AAACCAUAACUGAUUGACCAAUCAGAGCGCGCGCAUUCAUUUAAUUAUUGUAUAAAAAGGAUUAAGUUUAAGGCUUCGGCUUCGGGGAAAUUUUUCAUCGCAUAAUCCCGAGCGGGCAAGAUAGUGCCAUCUUGUCUGCUCGGGUAGCCAUUCACAGCGUAGGAUUUUGUUCAUCUUGCACGCUCAUGCAGCAAGCCAUGUAAUAAACACAGUUAAUGGCUGUCGCCGUAAAGAAGAAUGUACCGCUCGUUGUGAAACGUGGAAUAAAGAUAAAUCUUGAAUUGACUUCUUAGGGCUGGGAGGUUACGGUUCGGACAGUGAGAGCUCAUCUAAUGAAGAAUCAGGAGGCGAAAAGCCUUACGCGAGUGAAGGUAACAGAAAGCAUCAAAGCGCCGACAUGGCAGACGAUGGAAAAAUGCGAAGAAGCCGCUCACGCAGCCAUCCUGGAAGAGGAACACGCCGCCAACACGAGUCCGCUUCCGAGAGUGAGGAAGAGGAAGAUAGAAAGAAAAAAUAUCGCGAAUCCGUCGAGAAGCGCUCCAAGAAGGAAAGACGGCAUCGGAGCCCUUCGUCUUCAAACAGCGAUAGUGAGAGCUCUGUUUCGGUUCACGAAAAGAGUCGUCGGAAAAAGCAUCGGCGGCGAGACAGGAGCGAAAGCUCGUCUCCGAAGCACCGAAGAAGACAUCGGCGACAUCACGGAAAGAAAAGUCGGUCACGAAGUAGAUCGCCGAGGAAACACAGCAGCAGUAAAAAGAAAAGGAAGAGCGAGAGCGAUUCGGCAGACAGCGACACAGAGAGCAGAACUUCUAGUAGGCAUAAAUCGUCGAAACAUAGUCGGGAAUCUUCGCAGAAGGACAAGAAGCAUCGACGGAAACGAAGAUCUUCCAGCUCGUCGUCGCAUAYUGAAAGGGACGGUAAGAAGGACAGAAAACGUAAGACGUGAUCAUGCCGGCGACCAUGCAGGUGGAUUUGAUUUUGUUCUUGUUGAUGUGUGCGUGUGAUUGAUAGUGGUUAUUCUGCAUCUUGUACUGUCUUGACUUGGGUAUAUGUGUAAAAUGUAAAACGUUUGACGUAAUUGGUCAAAAUAGUGUUACACAGUAUCUGUAUUUUUAAUAACGGACGAUGUUCUCGCACGGGCAGUGAGUUGUGAAUGGUGUUCGAGUCCUGAAACAAAACUUCUCUUUUCUUUCUUUUCUCGCUCUCGAAAAAAAUGUAGAGUGAUUGGGCUCACGGGAAUGAUUAUGACAGACGGGGACACAAAGAUUUCCGCCUUACGCGAGGAUGACAUCUAGUGUUAAACGCCCGGAGAUUCCACCACGAAAACGUCCAAACUGUUGGCUUGGCUCUGUAUUGUCUUUGAUUGCAUGUAACUAGCGCGAGAAAAUUUAGUACCGCCCAGCAACAGAUCAGAAAGCACACGCUUGUCUGCUUGGUUUUGAAAAUUAAAAUUGUCAAUGGACAAAGUUGUUAUGGUUGAAUCUCCAACUCCUCUCUCAAGCAGGGAAAGAGUUUUAACCGUUUGAUCAGCGCUGUUUGUUAACUUAGGGGAUAUUUUUCUUUGUGGGUGGUUCGUCCUUACAAAAAUCAACCAUUGCGCUCCUCAUUUCGUUC